CUCUCCGGCGCGCAAAUCUCAUCACCAAAUUUUCAUUUUCGAAGCCGCUCGACUUCGCAAUUCACAAUGGCAGCGGUGUAUAAUUCGGUUUCCAAGAAGCAGGCUCGGCAACUUGCCAAGGAGCAGGAUUCGGCCGAGGAGGACAUGGAAAUGGAGGAUUUCCUCGGUCCUGACGACUCCAGUGACAGUGAUGAGGAUGAAGACGAGGAGGAAGACGAGGAUGCUUUGAGCUCGGCCAAGAAGCAGCUGGCCGCAGGGUUCAUGCCCAAGACACGUGUGCUUAUGCUAACCUCCAGGGGUGUCACUCAUCGCCAUCGCCAUUUGCUGGCAGACCUCGCCUCUCUGCUUCCUCAUACCCACAAAGAAACCAAGCUGGAUACGAAGAAGAAGACCGCCGGAUACAACUUGCUCCUAAACGAUCUCGCCGAUCUCCACUCAUGCAACGUGAUUUUCUUCCUCGAGGCUCGCAAGCGUGGCCAAGAUUUGUAUCUUUGGCUUUCCAGACCCCCCAACGGCCCGACGCUCAAAUUCCACGUCAACAACUUGCACACGAUGGGUGAAUUGAACGCCGGAUUCAGCGGCAACUGCUUGAAGGGUGGCCGUGGUCUCGUGGUUUUCGAUCGAUCAUUCGAUGAACAAGGACCGGACAUGAGCAAACCCGGAAACGAAUACCGCGGGUUGGUUCGUGAGAUGUUGCGCGGCGUGUUCUGCGUUCCUAAGCGCGGCGUGAAGGGAAUGAAGCCUUUCGUCGAUCGCAUUAUCGGUAUCUUCGGCGUGGACGGCAAGAUUUGGAUCCGUGUCUACGAGAUCAGAGAGUCCGAAACCGGGGGCAAAAAGACCCUGGAGGAGGGCGAAGAAGCCAAGUUGGCCCCCAAGAGCAAGGACGGCCUGCCCGAAGUUUCUCUUGUCGAGAUCGGACCUCGCUUUGUUCUCACGCCCAUUGUCAUCCUGGAGGGCAGUUUUGGAGGCCCUGUCAUCUAUGAAAACAAGGAGUAUGUCAGCCCGAACCAGGUCCGCAGUGAGAUUCGCAUGAGCAAGGCGGCACGCUACUCCAAGCGCAGGGAUGUGCAGACGGACCGCCUCUCGAAGAGGUCAGACUUGGGAUUAAACGAGGGCCAGCGCAAGCCCGGUGCCCUGGACAACCGAAAACUUUUUGCAUAGCUGGAUUCUGUCGCUGCUUGAUUUCUUCUGUUCUACUUUCCUUUCUGUUCUAGGUGUUACGAUACUUGAUAUCCUGGAGAAUGUACAUGUGAUUGAUGCAAGAACCACUGUCAUGAUCUUAGAGUGGCUCACUGGCUUUCGAAUCAACGGUUAGUGUCGGAUUAAUUAAAUGCGCCUGCAAGUAAUUUAUAGGAUUUGAAACACCAAGC